UUGGUGUCGCAUACAGCUCUUUAUUAUUUCAAUUUAAAUAAAAAAAAAGAAGCCGAAGUAUCAAAAAUAUUUUAGAAAGAGAGAACAAAACAAAAAAGGCUGAAAGAAGAAGUUUCCGAGAAGAGAUUAUUCAUAUCAGAGAAAAGUUUAGAGUGGAGUUUUUGAUUCUCUUGCUCGUCCGCUUCUUUCUGAUUACCUUUCUGUGAAGAUGAUGGUAGUUAACAGUUUCGAUCUAUGGCAAAAAGAUGUUUUCUUCUCCGCAGCUGAGGAAGUUCAGAAAUCUGCAGAUAUAAUGGAGUCUGCUUAUAGAUUGUGGAUUAGAGAGAAGAAAGAUGAUGUUUUUAAGGAACUUCAAGCUGCUUUGGGUACAGCAAAAUGGCAGUUGGAAGAGUUUGAGAAGGCAGUGAGAUUAAGCCAUAUACGGUGUGGGGAUGAUUCAACAUCGACACGCCACAAACAGUUCGUUGCAGCUAUGGGAAACCAGAUUCAUCGCGUAGAGACCUCUCUGCAAGAGGCUUACAGUGAGAAUGGCAAAGAACCUCUCCGUUGGGUUAAUCUCAGUGCCGAGGAGCGAGACGACUUGGCCAUGUUUCUCUCUGGAUCCUCUGAAACCUCAAAGAGCUCUGAAUGCGUCAUAGACAUCGAAGAGAGUGAUAAACCGGGAAAUGCAGAUGCUAGGAUACGCCAAGGAGGGACUAGAAGAACAUGGAGCUCACCAAAUUUCAAUUCUUUAAGGAUUGUAGUUCCUGGUGAUGACGAAGAAGAAGAAGAACAGGAGAAGAAGACAUCGGUGGCACAAGUCGCAUCCACUCCCAAAGUAAAAGGAACUAAGUCUGUAUUGUGGAUGCAGAGACUUCCUGAUCAUAAUCAACUCUUUGACAAGAUGGGUUGCUUGAGAAAUCCGAUACGCAUACCGUUUACUCACCCAAUCAAGCUCACUGUUUCCUUAAUGCUAAUGGUGUUUCUUCUAUGUGAUACCCUUCGUAGUGUAUUCUUCUUGAGAAUUCAAAUUCCAGUCAAGGUUCGAAGCUGUCAAGAAGCUAAAAGAGAUGAGCUUUCGCAUCUAAAUGAAGAGGACGAUUCGGAGGAACACAUGGAUCUUGCAUCCACAAAUGUUUCAUGGAUCUUGCUCUCUUCUUGGUUUACAGACUUACUUUGGGCAAAUCUUUUCUGAUUGCCAAACACGUUAUCUUUUUUCAAGUUUUAGAUUUCUUUCUUUGAUUUUGUAGACGAACACUAAGCAGAGAACCAUUAAUCGUGUUGUAAACACUACUAGGCAGACUAUAAAUUUUUUUAUAUGUUCAAUUAAAAUUAAUAUACUAUUGAAAGAUGUUUUUAUUUAUA